GCAAUGAUGCUGUCAAAGACGUACUACGUAUGGUCAGUGUUUCCGACGUUUAUUGCCCUGUCCUGCUCAGUCAGCCUUCAGGAGGGGUACUCCAGAUUACGGUAUGGACACAGAUUGGACAGGAAAAUGAUCGACUCUUUUGUGGACUACAGCGUACUGGAUUGUGUGGAGGACUGCUUAAGACGAAAGCGCUGUAAAUCUGUCAGUUAUUACGGAGGUGCCAAUUACUGCGAAAUCCAUUAUGAGGAUAAAACCACGGCUCCUAAUAGAUACCUGGAAAGUGCGGGGUGGGUUUACAGCGAGCGGGAAGACUGGGACAAGACAAUAACUGGACCUUGUGCCAUCUCGAACUGCGAGAUCAACCAGACCUGUCAGCCACUACCUUUUGCAAAACAUGAAUGUGUCCUUACUGAUUGUGGUCUUCCAUACAUACCUGAGGCGGACAUGAACAGUGUAGAAAGAUGGGACGCCAUCGCUGUGGGGAGGAUGGUCCACCUGCGGUGUAUUGAUCAGGAGAAACAAAUCGGAUCAGGACGAUUGCUGUGUUCAACAGAGGGUUAUUGGAUAGCGGAUCUGAUAUGUGGUUGGAGUCGAUUUGGAGAUCAUAUAUACAUCGUUGGCGAUUCACCAAACGACUGGAUAUCAGCUGAGAAACAAUGCCGCUUAGACUAUGGUGGAUACUUAGCCGAAAUUAACUCGGCUGAAGAAAAUUCAUGGAUUCGAGAUUCGAUCAUGACCCCAGCUUCCAUAACUGAUCUCUGGAUAGGUGCCAAUGACCUGGAUGUAGAGGAUGAAUUCACAUGGAGUUCUAACAAAGAUGCUCUGCGCUACAGGAACUGGAAAACCGGGGAGCCCAAUGAUAGCAAAGAUAACGAGGACUGUGUUAUUCUGAAGAACUCGGGGAUGUGGAAUGACUAUCGAUGUGAUAGCAGUAGAGCUUUCAUCUGCGAAAAGGCGUGGAUAUAAUUGUUUAUCGCGCUCCUUGAGGUAACCAGGCAAUAUUUAAGAUAAUCAUAAACUUUUUUGUUGUUAUAAUUGCGUUAUACCCUAAAAUCCCGAAAAUAAGCCACAUAUUAUUUUAAGUUUUGAUAAGAAGGUUCGGCUUUUUAAAACCGUGUUAAUUUCAAAGCAAUAAUUUACUGUCCUAUAUUUUGUGUUAUAUUUAUCUAACAAACAUUAAGCUUACCAAAAAAGCUAAAAUAUGAAGAGUUUGUCGUUCAAAAAAAAUCCUUAUUACCAACACUCACUUAUUUUCAAGCUUUAUAACCGGUUAUUUUAAAUGUUUUAUGGUCUAUUUGUGUAAUAAAUUGUUUGUCG